AGCACGUCGCGACGUGCAGCCUCUCCUCUCCUUUCCUCUCAGGAAACUUUACUUGCAUUAUUUUAAUUAAAAAAAAAAAAACAAGGAACAUCCUAGUUGUAUUCCAGCACCUUCUUCACGUGUGGAACCAUCAUGUGAUUUUAUUUUUGCAUCUGUUUUUUUUUUGUUUGUUUUUUUUUACCACCUGGAAAGAAGCAAACGGAGCUGGUGGGAAGGCGAAAAAAGAAAAAAAAAAAGCAGAAAAGAGUUGAUCCCCCCCCCAAAAAAAAAGUGGAACAAGUUGCUUCUGGACAAGGAAUGGACUCGGCUUUACUUUUCAUCAUCUCCGCCUGUUUAGGUCUGUCAGCAUGUUUCUCUGUGGAGGAGCGGUCCCGUCACCUCUUCUUGGAGAAAAGCUACGGCCACUCGGUCAAGGAUUCCCACAUGUGCCACCACAUGCUGAAGCACCUUCACGACGGGGCCCGCAUCACCGUGCAAAUGCCCCCAAACGUGGAGGGUCACUGGGUGUCCACCAGCUGUGAGGUGAGACCCGGUCCCGAGUUCCUGACGCGCUCCUACCGCUUCCACGCCAACAACACCUUCCAGGCGCACCAGUUCUACUAUGAGGACAACCACUGCACAAGGCCCACCUACACCCUGCUGGUCCGCGGACGCCUCCGCCUCCGCCAGGCCUCCUGGAUCAUUCGGGGCGGCACCGAGGCAGAGUACCACCUCCACCGGGUCCAGAUCACGUGCCACGGGGCCGGCGUGGCCGAAGAGCUGAGCCAGAGGCUGAACCGGAGCUGCGAGGGGGCCGUCAGGGGCCCCUGGGAACCCGACGUCCCCUACGAGCUGUGGAGCGAGGAGGGCGGUUACAACUGCUCCAGGGAGCUCAACUUCGCCAUGCACGAGCUGCAACUGCUCCGGGUGGAGAAGCAAUACACACACCACAACCCGGACCACCUGGUAGAGGAGCUCUUCCUCGGGGACGUCCACACGGACCCCGCCCAGAGGCUCUACUACAAGCCCUCCAGUUACCAGACGCCCCUGCAGAACGCCAAGAACCACGCGCACGGCUGCAUCGCCUGCCGCAUCAUCUACCGCUCGGACGAGUUCCACCCGCCAAUCCUGCCCCCGCGCGCCGACCUGGCGGUGGGCCUGUACGGCCAGUGGGCGAGCCAGCGGUGCGAGGUGCGCCCCGAGGUGCUCUUCCUCACCCGCCACUUCCUGUUCCACGACAACAACCACACGUGGGAGGGCUACUACUACCACUUCUCCGACCCGGUGUGCAAACACCCCACCUUCACCAUCUACGCCCGAGGACGGUACUCGCGAGGCCUGCACUCCACCCGCGUGAUGGGCGGCACCGACUUCGUCUUCAAAGUCAACCACAUGAGAGUGACACCCAUGGACUUCGCCACCACGUCGCUGCUCAACGUGUUCAGCGGCGACGAGUGCGGCGCCGAGCGCUCCUGGCAGCUGGGCGUGGAGCAGGACGUGACGGCCACCAACGGCUGCGUGGCCCUGGGCAUCCGCCUGCCGCACACCGAGUACGAGCUCUUCCGCAUGGAGCGCGACGCCAACGGCCGCUACCUGCUUUACAACGGCCAGCGGCCCAGCGACGGCUCCAGCCCGGACCACCCGGACAAGCGGGCCACGUCCUACCAGCUGCCCCUGGUGCGCUGCUCGGCCAGCAGCCAGGGAGCGGGCCGAGGUCAGGUCGGGGACGACACGGCCCUGCGGCUCAGUAACGGCGGCGGGGGAGGCCGCAGAACCCGCGUAACGGCGGUGCUUGUUACGCUCAUGCUAAAAACACUGUUGUUGCGUUAGCCACCACAAUGAAGACUUGGGAAAUGCUACAAAACUUGCCUGAGGAGGUCAUUACUGGACCCUUCAUGGUACAAUCGUGUACAUUGUACCUUACGGGCCACGAAACGGACUCAAGCGGAGGUACCUAGCAGGCUAAAGGAGGGAAAAGCAGCCAGGAGCCAAAGACUUGUCCCCUAGACAAAAAAAACUGCACUUUAGUUGGAAAAACCCAAAGAUGGACUACGAUGUUGAAAUGAUGUGAUACGGCCAUGUUUUUUGUUUCGUUUUUUUUUUUUUUCGUUCUAGAUAAGAGGAAGGGGGCCAGAACUAAAAAAAAAAACAGUUCAGGAGAUUGGGUGGAGUUUCAGGAUGCACUUAAAUACACUUAUAACCUUUACAGGAGAACCUCGAAAGUUUUUUUCAUGGCUAAUCAACAUGAGGAAUGAGACAACGUCUGGGUGAGUGAUGUCAGAGUAUAUGCAACGGCACAAACCAAUGAGAGGUCCUUUCUAGUCUGACCUAGAUUUGCUUCUUUUACACCGCUUCAAGUCUGGUCCUCAAGGGAGGCCCUUAUUUUUCAGAUGCAAAUUAACUCCCCUCCUACGUCACGCCACGCAUUUGUGUAAGGCUCGCUAAGUCCGGUCAAUGGUGAAAUCGUUGCACUCGUCACUACAUAGACAACUUUGCUGCAUUUGGUUCUUUGGAUUUUGUCGUUUGGGGGAAGCAACUUUUGCACAAGGGUGUUGGCAGAUUUGAAAUGGAUCAGUAGGUUGGGAGACAAUCAGCGAGGUGUUUUGCCACUAACAAUCGGUUGGUAUGCAGGGCGGCCAUUCACCAGUCGUGCCUGGCAACAACAGCGACCCAAUGGACCUUUCCGACUGCCGAUCUUAAGCUCCGCCCCCCUUAGCUACAUUUUCCAUGGCCCACAAGCUUCCAAAAUGGUGACUGAACAAAACAGGUUUGAAGUGGAUUCUCUAUCACAGAUUCCAGAUAAUAUUGCGGUAUGUUUUUUGGCCAAAUGCGUCACUUGUCCAAGAGAGUUCUACAGAGAGGUCUCAACUAUUUCACGCAAGGAUAUGUACACGGAAUUAAGAUUUUGGACGGAGCAGGACGCAAUGUCAAGAGUUACAGCGAAAUGUUGGCGAUCGAUGCAAAAAAGUUUGACGCCUCACAAACUUCAUAUUGAAAUCCAACAGGAUAAAAUAGUGGAAUCGUACUGCGCAUGUAAAGCAGGGUGAGUACUUUUUACUUAGAAAGAUCACGAGUCAUAUCAUUGGUGUCUUUAGAAGUGAGUUAGGUUCAAUUUUCUACAAGUGCAUUGAAACAAUGGUGAUUAACUCAGUCAGUACCGUCCUAACCAGAUGAAAAAGUUUGACUUGGCUCAUAAUGGAACCCAAUGCUCUGUCUUAAAAGUCUGAUGAGAUACAAAUAAGCCUUAAUCCAUCGUAGACACUUCGUCAACUGUGUUUUAAGCUUUGGAAAAUGAAUCAAGCGGGCCCAUUGUAACCUAGCAGGAUAUCGUUCAUCAGAAUUGCGCGUUCCCAAAGCGCAUCUGAGGACCAUUUUCUCCGUAACAUUAACUUUUCCAAGCGCACGCUACUGACAAGCAGCAUUGCUUGUGGGACAAUACGGCGAGAGGGGGGUGUCAAGCCAGGGGUUAAGACAAUGCGGCUAUCUGAUUGGCUAUUAACGUACGAGUGAUUGACAGCUCGGAAUGGUCCGUUGUGACCCGAGUCCAAGGGACGCAUCCGCCAGAGACAAAUAGGGAGACUCGACACUCAAAGAUUUUGAACUGAAGAAGCCUUUUUUUUUCCAUUUCAUGUAAAACGAGGGGAGUCAAGGUGGCUCAAUUCAACUUUUUCGGAGGACUGUGACAUGGAAGACUGGAAAAUCUACUGACAAUUUGACUAUUCCUGAUAUUGUGAACGUGCACGUUCAAGUGUUCAGUGCGUCAGUACUUUUUGCAUAACUUGUUGUUCUCCAACAAGUACUUCAACGUGACAAAACUUGUUUGAAAGGACAUCCCCUUCUUUGCUUUUCUGUUCUUCUUAUUCUAUCCUUGGUGGUCACUUUUUUCUGGGAACAUCCAAUUUCAAACCUCGCAAUAGUGAGUUACUGUUAAUCAACUCGUUUGGUAUCACAAUGUCAAAAUGUGAAUAUCAUGACCAAAAAGUUUGAAUACCAAUUCUAAUUUGAACCAGGAAAUUUGACGGUCGGUGCAUGGAUAAAACACCUGAUGUGAGGCGUUUUGACGUCCAGGAUCUUUGCUGGAGAGCAGCAACUUGUGCAAGAUGUAAUUACCCAGUGAACAAUAAAAAUUGAGACGGUCAAAUUAACUUCACCUGUAUAGGUUCUAGUCCAUCUUAAGUUCAUCAAGAAAUUUCAGCCAAAAACAAAAUGCCCCGAUUUUUUUUUUUUUACAUUACAUGCAAUGCGUAUGUGUAGAAUUUUUCUAAAGUUUGUUGUUAGUUUUUUUAAGAAUUGGGCAGCAUAGCGAAAAGAUAGUUAGCAUGUAGAGUUUUUAGUUUUGAGGUUCUGGGUUGAAAUCUCAACGCUAUGGAUAUUUUUUAUUUUGUUUGGAAAUACAUGGUGGUCCAGAUCCAAUGCUCUAGUGGGGCCAUAUACGGUCCAUGUAAGAUAUGUUUCCCGCCCCGGGUUUUAUGGUGACUUUUUUUUUUUUAAUGUAAUGAAACACAAAAGUCAGUUUUGUCUUGAAUUGACAAUUGCACUUACUGUAACAUGUAUGUUAUCAAG